UAGUUUCCAAAUUAAUUAAUAGAAAACAGAAUGUUGCGAAACAGAGGGGACCGAGACAAACCUCCGGGGCUAGAAUAUCCAUCGAACACCGAUGUUGUCAGCGGUUGUGAAGCCCUUACUCUCUUCCUCACCGUCGCUGCUUCGCCUUCCUCCUCCCAUUUCUUCUUCUCUCUCACUCUUCUUUCACUUUCACUUUCACUCUCCAUCUCUUCAAUCUCAAAAUCUGGUUCCAGGAAGGCUUUGAGAACUUCUGGAACCAGUGUCCCUGGGAAGACGAUGCAAAGCAUGUUUGUGAGCAGGUUUGUUUUUUUUUAUAUACUUAUCUCUAUGAAAGGAAGAUGCUUACUGCUUCCAGUGGUGUGCCCUUUGGAGGUUGGUGUGCAUUUAACAGAUUAGUACUGGCUACUGGGAAAGUGUUAUUUCUUACAUUAUUGAGGAGUACCGUUCCGGACGCACUUACCUAAUCCUGAUGUUCUAUGCAAUACUAGAAUUAAGUUUGUUGGUAACCUCCUACUUAAUAUGAUAUGACGAUCUAUUCUAUGACAAUGUCGUGUUUGUCUCAAGAAACUUACUACUACUCAAUCGACAAGAGAAGGCGGAUUUUUCGUGUUGGCUCUUUAAGAUGGCUUAGUGGGAAACCUUACUUCAGGCAAUGUUGUUAACCAGCUCCGUUGCAAGGUAUGGGUCGAUUAGUUUCUACAGACGGUCCGGCAUGGGCCUGGCUUCUACAGCUGCAGCUUUGAAAUGGAAGGAGAUGUUGCGGUUGUACAUCUAGAUGAAGACGACCAAGGUCUAGCUGCUGGACAGUUUGCAGCCUUCUAUGAAGGAACCACUUGCAUUGGCUCAGGCGUAAUCUUGGGUAUGAUCAGUGUUGUUUCCCUGUCUGUGAGAAAGCGCCCUUGAGCUCGCAGCUAUGCAAGACAAAACCAAACUAGGGAAACCUGUUAAAAUCAAGAUGAUGCCAGUUGCAACAUCUGCUGGAGAAACCAGUGAAGAAGCAAAGCUUGUCAACGCGUGAAACGAAGGAAAUGGUGUAGACUUGUAGUCGUAUUAAGUCAAGAAACAUAGCCAGGGGGAUAACUAAUAGUAUUUUAAGAAAAAACAUACCUAUCGAUAUGAUGACAGUAGCAUACAUAAUCUAUGGUAUUUUAUUCUUGUUUCUGUUUGAGAGAUUUACAUGCGCACAUGUCUCCAUGUGUUUGUCAACUAAGAGAGAGAGAGAGAGAGAUAAACGCUUAGAGGGCUAAAAAUAACGCUUGAAAAACGCUCUUGCAUCCAAAAAAAUAACAAUGAACGAUGUUUUUAAAUUUUCAUUUCUAUAAUUCUCCAAAAGGAAUCUGAGUAAAAAAGGAAAAAAAAAAUUGUGUACAUCUCCAACAAUCUUGUUCUUCUUCUGUUACUUUGUGUUCCUUGUCUCUGUUUCAGACAUGGCGGUUCCUGCGGCUCUUGUCUUUAUCCCUGUUGGUGUCCUCUUCUUGAUCUCAGGCCUCAUCGUUAAUCUCAUUCAGCUUGUGUUCUUCAUCAUUGUUCGUCCAUUCUCCAAAAGCUUAUAUAGAAGGAUCAACAAAACCGUUGUGGAGUUACUUUGGUUGCAGCUUAUAUGGCUGAUUGAUUGGUGGGCUUGUAUAAAGGUUAAUUUAUACGCUGAUGCAGAUACUCUGCAGUUACUUGGGAAAGAACAUGCACUUGUUUUAUCAAACCAUAGAAGUGACAUUGAUUGGCUUAUUGGUUGGGUCAUGGCUCAGCGUGCAGGUUGUCUUGGGAGCUCUCUAGCCAUCAUGAAAAAGGAAGCCAAGUAUCUUCCAAUCAUAGGUUGGUCCAUGUGGUUUUCGGAUUACAUUUUCUUGGAAAGAAGCUGGGAUAAAGAUGAGAAGACCCUCGAGGCAGGUUUUAAACGGUUUGAGGACUUUCCUAUGACAUUCUGGUUGGCUCUUUUCGUUGAAGGAACUCGUUUCACUCAGGAGAAGCUUGAAGCUGCUCAAGAAUACGCCUCUAUCAGAAGCUUACCAUCUCCUCGAAAUGUCUUGAUUCCUCGUACAAAGGGAUUCGUAUCGGCGGUGUCUCACAUAAGGUCAUUUGUCCCUGCGAUUUAUGAUUGUACCUUAACUGUUCGCAACAAUCAGCCUACACCAACUCUGCUUAGGAUGUUCAGUGGACAAUCAUCUGAGUUGAAUUUGCAGCUAAGACGUCACAAGAUGAGUGACUUGCCCGAAACUGAUGAUGGUAUUGCGCAAUGGUGCCGAGAUCUAUUUAUCACCAAGGAUGCUCAACUUGAGACAUACUUCACAAAAGACGUGUUCAGCGACUUGGAUGUUCACCAAAUCAACCGGCCAAUCAAACCAUUGAUCGUGGUGAUAGUUUGGGUAUGUCUUCUUAUGUUCGGUGGUUUCAAGCUGCUUCAAUGGCUCUCUAUGGUGGCCUCGUGGGAGAUCAUUUGCUUGUUUGUGAUCCUCUUGGUAAUUGCAACAAUAACAAUGCAAGUACUUAUUCAGUCUUCUGAGUCUCACCGGUCAACUCCUGCCAAGAGACCUCUACAAGAACAGCUUAUUUCUGCGUAGGAGAAGAAGAGAAAUAUAUGUUCAAGCCACUGUUCAUUUGCUCAUGUUUAAUAUCUGUGUCAAUAUAACCAAAAUUACUAUUUGAUUUAUGAUUAGUCAUAUAUAUCUUCAGUAUACAUAUUACUUGAUUUUUUUUUAUUUUUUUAGAAUAUCAACCAUUUUAUAUGUUUUCAUUAAUCUUUUCUCA